CCCACAGCGUCAACCACUUCUAAAACACUCCGCAGAGACAGGGGUAAUGGUCAGUAGAAGCGAAAGUAUGGAAGAGAUACACAGGAAAUCUGCAGGUGAACAUUCAGAGUCUGAAGAAGCUCCUGAUUCGCAGGAGCUGAGGAUUGUGCUGCUUGGAGUAUCUGGAGCUGGAAAGAGUUCAACAGCAAAUGCAAUACUGGGUCGAGAGGCAUUUGAAGAGACCAGAACCAGAGAGAGUGAGAAACAGAGAGGAAGAGUAGAAGACAUAAACAUCUCCAUCAUAGACAGUCCAGGAUUCUUCAACACUCAUCUGACUGAUGAAGAGAUGAAGAAACAGAUGUUGAAGAGUUUGGAUCUCUCUGAUCCCGGUCCUCACGUGUUCCUGCUCAUCAUCAACCUGGAGACAUUCAGAGAGGAGCAAAAGAACAUUGUGGAGCAAACUCAGGAGAACUUUGGAGAAGAAGUUUUGAAGUUCACCAUGGUGCUGUUUGUCGGCCGGGAAAAAUUAUCCACCAAAGAAUGGGUUCGAAUCACUGACAGCGAAUAUAUGAAAGAGCUGCUGAACUACUUUGAGGGAAGAUUACAUGCAAUAAACAGUAAAAAUGAAUGUGAUCCCUGCCAUAUCAAAAAGCUCAUUAAGUGUAUUGAUGAAAUGGUGAAGAAUAAUGGAGGACAAUACUACAGAAAUGAGACCUACAAGAACAAUCAGAGAAAACUCAGAGAAGACAAUGAGACGAAACAAGAAGAUUCCCGUAAGGCAAAAGAAGACUUUAGACAAUCCGAAGAGACAGAUUAUAAACUCCUGAGUGAUGAGGAUGCUACUGUCCAAAAGGAUCCCAGAAAACAAAUAGAAGGUCAAAAAGAGAGCAAAGGAAUGACACUUGAGUUUGCUAGAAAAAUGGAACUAGACAAUCGCUUAGUCGAUCUAAGGAUUGUUCUGCUGGGUAAAACGGGAUCAGGAAAGAGUUCAGCAGGAAACACCUUCAUCGGCAGCUUUGAGUUUGAGCAACGUCUUUCCUUGACGUCUGUUACUAGAGAGUGUAAAAAACAUCUGACAAUGGUGGAGGGCAGAAACAUCUCAGUGAUCGACACUCCAGGACUGUAUGAUACAUCAACAAGUGAAGAAGAACUGCAGGCUGAGAUUGAGAAGUGCAUCUACAUGUCAGCUCCUGGUCCUCAUGCAUUUCUGCUGGUCAUCAGACUAGACGAUAGAUUCACAGAGGAACAAAAAAACACAUUGAAAUGGAUUCAGAAAAACUUUGGCGAAGGAGCUGCUCGUUACACCAUCAUUCUGUUCACUCACGCUGAUGUCCUAAAGAAUAAAAAAUUAGAUGAGUAUGUGAAAGAGAGUCCAGCUCAUCAGAUGCUGAUUGACAGCAGCAGUGGCAGAUUCCACUCAUUUAACAAUGAAGACAUGAGGAAUCGCUCUCAGGUCACUGAACUUCUGGUGAAGAUAGAGAAGAUGGUGGAGGAGAAUGGAGGAAAGCACUACACCAGUGAGAUUUAUGAAAAAGCCCAGAAAAAAAUUGAACGGGAGGCUUGGAAACAACAAAUGAGAGAUUGUAGGAAAAAAGCACUUACAUACAUAGGUGUAGGUACAGUAGGAGCAUUAACAGCAGCAGCACUAGUAGCAGGAGGAGUUCAAGAUGUACAAGCAGCAGGAGGACCAGCAGCAGUUGCAGCAAAGGCAAUAGACUCAGCAGUAAAAGUAAAAAUGAACAUAAAGAAAGUUUUUUCUGGUUAGACAUCAAAAGCCAGAUCCCCCCCCCC